UAAACUCUCAAACAAUCAAACGGGUUAGCAAUUUUUCUUAAGCAGAGAUUAGCUUUCGCCUUUCCUCCAAAGCACCCCCGCUCCAGAAUUUGCAGUCCUUGUCGCCGGUCGCCGGUCGCCCGUCGGCCUUCCUUAUCUAGAGCAAGUCUUUCACUUUUAUUGCUAAACAAUUGUCAGCUCACUCAGAUAGGAUAAGGAGUGGUUGUUAGCGUGUUUGUAUUGAUUGAAGUGCAAAACUUUGAAUUUUUGCUUAAAAUGGUGGUUGUGAUAUCUACUAAAAUAGAUAAAUUUGGCCAAGUUUUGCGAGUUGUUGGACAGCGCUUUUUGUCAAGCAGUUUGGUUCAUUCUGUUUCAGAAACAAAAGAUGAAGUUGAAACAAUUGCUAGAAUCAUCAAUGACCACCCUUUUCCUGUUCAGCCUCUGCAACCAACGCUUAAACGUCAUGUCUCUUCGAGUAUCCUGUCUACCAUGUUUGUUGAAAAUGUCAUUGGUCGCCUAUUUGCGGCACAUGCAAAUGGUCUUAAAGCAUAUGAGUUUUUUGAGUUCUGCCUCAACCAUCCUGAGUAUAGUCCAACCUCUGAUGCAUUUGAGAAGACACUUCACGUACUAGCAAGAAUGCGAUACUUUGAUAAGGGUUGGGAACUAAUGAAGAAAAUUCAACAGCUACAACCGUCGUUGCUCACCCUUAAGUCAUUGAGCAUCAUGCUAUCAAGAAUAGCAAAAUACCAGUCCUAUGAAGAUACCCUUGAAGCAUUUGAGAAGAUGGAGCAGCAUUUAUUCCCUGGGAAGAAAUUUGGCACCGAAGAGUUCAAUAUUCUUCUUCGAGCAUUUUGCUCACAAAGGCAGAUGAAAGAAGCUCGUUCAGUAUUCAACAAACUCCAUUCUAGGUUCCCACCUGAUACCAAGACAAUGAAUAUCUUGCUUUUGGGGUUCAAGGAAUCAGGGGAUAUUACUGCCGUAGAGUUAUUUUACCAUGAGAUGGUUAAAAGAGGUUUUAAGCUUAAUUCUGUAACAUACAGUAUAAGAAUUGAUGCAUACUGCAAGAAAGGUCGCUUUGGUGAUGCUUUGAAGCUGUUUGAAGAAAUGGAUAGGGUAAAUUGCUUGCCUACAGUAGAAACAAUAACAACUUUGAUUCAUGGAGCAGGGAUUGCUCGUAAUAUAAGUAAAGCUAAGGAACUCUUCAAUGAACUAUUCAAGAGAAAUUUUCAACCAGACACUGGAGCCUAUAAUGCCCUUUUGAGUUCUCUUACCAAAUCCAGGGAUGUCAAAUCUGCAGCAGUCUUAAUGGAUGAGAUGGAAGAGAAAAAUAUUGAGUUCGACAAUGUAACUUACCACACUAUGUUGUGGGGAUUGAUAAGAUCAAAUGAUGUUGGUGGUGUCAUUGAUCUUUACGAAAGGAUGGUUGACAAAAAUUUCUUGCCCAAGGCACGUACUGUUGUGAUGCUGAUGAAAUUCUUUUGUGAAAACCAGAGAGUUGAUCUGGGUUUGAGCUUAUGGAAUUACCUGAUGAAUAAAGGGCACUGUCCACACUGCCAUUCUUUAGAAAUUCUGGUCACAGGAUUGUGCUCUCGUGGGAGAGUUGAAGAAGCAUUUGAGUGCUCUGAGCAAAUGUUAAAGAGGGGUAGGCACAUGAGCGAGCUAGUGUUUCAGAUGUUGAAGAGGUUUUUCUUACAGCUGGGAGAGGAGGAAAAGUUACAGAAGCUCUACCAAAUGACAAAGAGAUUAGAAAUGAUAUUGCCUCCUAAUGCAAACUAUUGGCACAGCCUAGGUACAGAGCUGCAAGUAAGGUGAAUAAAGUUACUUGCUUGAUUUACUUGAUUCUACACAUAGCUGAGAUAUUUCUGUGAGUUAAAUAUUCAUUUGGUUAAUGACUGCUCUGUUUUAGUUGGAAUUUGCGUAACAAUGAUAUUGGUAUGGUCUUUCCAUUUGUUUGGGUUCAAUUUUUUGUUGUCGUUACGUAUAGCUGUUUCAUGACCACUGAAACUGUCUAUCGGAUUUUUUUCUGCAAAGAGAGACUGUGUUUCUAUUGUGUUGUUUAAGAUUUAUUGGAUUAAUUCUACUGUUGUUAUU